CGGCGCGGAGGGCGGGAGGGCUUCCUGCGGGGCUUGCCCUUGGCCGGCGGCCGACGCUGCCCCCUCCCGUGACGGACGACAGCGCCCGGGCCGGGCUUGGGCUCCCGUCCGCCCGCGCCUGUGCUGCCCGGGGUCCGUGCACUCCCUGGGCGCGGGGCCCCGGGGUAAGGGUAGCCCGUGCCGCUCGGGUUUUAAAGGCCGGCUCAGCCCUGUUGUUAGUCUUGUCUUCUCCAUCCUUCACCUUGGCUAAGAACCAUCCGGGACAUUUAAAAGAAUGAUUUUAAUGUGCCUCGUGUUCUACCGGCAAAAUGAGACUCCGUUCUGAAAUUUUUGGGGUGACGCCAGUUCCUUUCUCCUUGGUUGAAUUCAGUAUUCUGUAAAUUGGGAAAAGCCAAUUUUGUUGCGUUGCCUUCUUUUAAAUAAACCGAAAGAACACAAAGAUCCUGUUUGCUGUGUGGAAAAUGGACUGGAAAAGAGAAAGAAGUGGGAGCCCAUGCAGGAAACUGUUGGCAGAAGCCCAGAGCAUCUUCUAAGAAUUAGGUACCGGCAGAAGAAGCUCAAGAGACCGUGAGGCCUGCAUGGUCAAAGUCAUCAUUGUUCCAGUCAGAAUCCAUGAAGACAUGAAGGAAUGGGCCAGACAGAAUGAUGCAGGCCUGGAGUCUUUAUGAGAAAGAGUAUUGUCAAACCAGUGUCUGGCGCCAAGGGGAACACUGAGUGACCAGGAGUCUGGGUGGUGGCCUGAGCUGGGAGAAGGAAGACGCUCGUGGAAGGAAGUUGCAGGGGAUAGCAGCAUGGAAAAGAAAGCCCAGGACAGCAGAAAAGGUGCCCCCCAUAGAGCAGUGCCCCCGGCUGUGGGGCUGCUGCUCUCCAUGGCGCUCAUGAAUGCGCUCCUCUACUUCUGCCUUGACUGGUUUUUCAUCUCUCGUACACGCCCUGCUCUGGACUCUGCCCACUGUCCCCAGGGACACUUCAGAAUGGGACAGAUGAAAAACUGCUCACCGUGGCUGUCCUGCGAGGAGCUGAGGACCGAAGUGAGGCAGCUGAAGCGUGUUGGGGAAGGAGCUGUGAAGAGAGUCUUUCUGUCUGAGUGGAAGGAACGCAAAGUCGCACUCUCGCGACUCACCCGUCUGGAGAUGAGAGAUGAUUUCCUGCAUGGGCUGCAGAUGCUGAAAACCCUGCAGAGUAAACAUGUUGUCACCCUGCUUGGCUACUGUGAGGAGGACAACACUAUUCUUACCGAGUAUCACCCCUUAGGUUCCUUGAGCAAUCUGGAAGAAACGCUCAACCUUUCCAAGUACCACAGCGUGAACACGUGGCAGCACCGGCUGCAGCUGGCCAUGGACUACGUGGCCAUUAUCCACUACCUGCACCACAGCCCCCUGGGCACCCUGGUCAUGUGCGACUCCAGUGACCUGGCCAAGACCCUGUCCCAGUAUCUGCUGACGAGCAACUUCAGCAUUGUGGUCAACGACCUGGACGCCUUGCCCCUGGUGAACCACAGCUCAAGGACAUUUGUGAAGUGCGGCCACAGGGAGCUCCACGGGGACUUUGUGGCCCCAGAGCAGCUGUGGCCCUAUGGAGAAGACACACCUUUUGACGACGACCUCAUGCCCUCAUAUGACGAGAAGAUCGACAUCUGGAAGAUUCCAGAUGUCUCUAGUUUCCUUUUGGGGCACGUUGAAGGGAGUGAUAUGGUCCGGUUUCACUUGUUUGAUAUUCAUAAGGCAUGUAAGAGCCAGACCCCUGCAGAAAGACCCACUGCUCGGGAAAUUCUAGACACUUAUGAGAAGGUUUUGAAUCUGCUCAGAGAGACUGUGAUGUCCCAGACAAGAGAAAUGCUGUAAAAACCAGUCAGUGAAGAAUGGGUUUUCAGGAACAAAUGGAAUCAUUGCAGCAAUUUUUGCACUAAUGGUGAGUUUUUUGCUGUUCAGCAUGUGGUUCUUCCUCUGCAUCCACACCACGUGUGAGCUCUGCUCAUCCCCUGGGGACCUGGUCAGAUGCCUCACCUUCUCCCGCUGAUCACACCUGCCGAACAUGAGAGCAGCGGAUCUAGCCAUAUCUGAAGGAGGUAACAAACGUGUCACCACAUCGGGGUUCUACCCGCCCUAAUUACCAAACCUGUAAGCUUGUAAGAAACAUACAGAGAAAAGAUCCCUAAAUGGCAGGAUAUGAAAGGAACGUACAGUAGUUUUCCAAAGAAUUUUUUUUCCUCAUUUUUUUAGAUAGUUGUCAACGCUAGCAGGGUCAUGGGAGUAUUUGUGGCCUGUCGACAUCACAUGGUAUUGAUGAGGCCAUCUUUACUGUCUUAAAUGAUUAUUUAAAUGUUUACUUUAAUGAAUGUGAAGCUCUUGUGCCAUCCUCUUUCCAAAAAUAUAAAGGAGAACCAUGAUAGCUUGCUCUUUGAAAUUUUGAAUGGACAAAGAAUAUUUAGAACAGCAAGUAUGAGGGAAAUUAUGUCUGUGUCAUUGCCUUGGACAGUGUUUGUGAAAUUCUUGUUUACCUUCCAGCUAGGUUUUCUGUCUCCAAAAUAAAUUAUUAUGAACACUUUA